AUGCCGGUCUUCCUGAGCGAGAGCUACCAGGUCCAGGUGAAGAACACGUUCAUCGAUUCCUUCGGCGCGGGCGUCGACGAGGAGGAGUGGCCCAUCCCUAGGAUGCGGCGCAGCCGCUCCGAGCCCGCUCUGCCCUCCCUCGCCGCGCGGGCGGGCGAGCCAGACGCGGAGGCCGAGGCCCCAGAGAGGCAGCCAGAGGGCAACCAAGAGCUCGUCGGCGCGCUCGACGGGGUGGAGUCCAAGAGGACCGUGGACGGGGUGCUGGAGGCCGCCUUCCAGCACCUGCCCAGCCUCGGCCCAGACGCGAUCGCCGAGGCCCUCUACCGCGCCGCCCGCCGGUUGCGCACGCCGCAGCCUGGGGUGGCCGUGCGGGUGCUCCUCGCGCCGCUGCUGCUGCGGCUGCAGGAGGGCCUCGCGGAGAUCCGCGGCGCCAGCCGCCUCUCGCAGCUCGCGUGGUCCCUGGGCAAGUUCGGCGCUCGCUCCCACCCGAACUGCCCGCUGCCCGCGACCGGCAUGGACCAGUGCAUGCUCCACGUUUGUCGCCAGUACCCCGCCGUCCUGGCGGAGUGCUCCGACGUGGAGAUCACGAACACGCUGUGGGGCCUCGCCCGGCUCUACCCGGGAGGAGCCAGCGGCGCGUCGGGCAGCACGGCGGCCGUGCGCGCUGCGUCCCACGCCGUCGUGCGUAGGUGCCUCGACAGGAUGUCGGCGCUGACGGCGCAGUGCCUGGCGAACUCCUUCUGGGCCGUGGCCCGCCUGAAGGUGCAGGGGCCAGACGCGGCGGAGUUCGUGGCGCGCGCUCUGGGUCGCCUCAGCACGGCAUCGGAGCUCAGCGUCUUCACCACGCAGGGUAUCGCCAACGUCCUGUGGGCCCUCGCCCAGCUGCGGAUGACUGGGGCCUGCGCGGGGCCAGCGGACGGCAAGGUUCAGAAUGCACUUGUCCAGGUCGCCGAGGCCUCUUCGCAUCGCCUCGGGGACUUCCAGCCCCAGGAGCUGUCAAUGGUGGCGUGGUCGCUGGCGAAGCUCUAUGAGUCGAAGGGCGCGGCGGACCACGGCGGAGCCGCGGCGCGGAGGGGCCGCUGCGCGGCGAGGCCGAUGGAGGUGGACGUGAUGCUGAUGAGGCUGGCCUCGGAGGCGACACGGCGCAUCGAUAUGUUCGAGGACCAGGGCAUCUCGAACAUCGCGUGGGCCCUGGUCACCCUCGGCCUCGCCGGCGGAGCGCCCGCCACGGCACCGGGGCAGCUCUUCGUUGAGACGGCCAUGGACUUCAGCAGCACGGAGCUGUGGGGCUACUCGACCCAGGCCGUGGCGAACCUCCUGUGGGCCUGCGUGCGCCUUGACGUCGCCCGGCUGAAGAAGAUCGGGCAGGUAAUGGCCCGCUUCUGCUCGGCGGCCGCAGAGGUUGUGACGCAGCGCAUGAUGGACCAGGGCGCCUGCGGCACGAUAACCUGGAAGGAUCUCUCUGGCGUGGCAGCCGCGCUGUCGCACAGCAAGCAGAAGUCGCAGCCCGUCAUGCGCUUCGUGACGCUACUGGCCCAUCGGACAGCCAAGCAGGUGUCUGAGGGCAGCCUCACGGCGCAACAGAUGCUCAACAUCGCCUUGUCUGUCGCGCGGAUGAGGGUUCCACCACACGAGAUGCAGGCGCUCGUGGACAACAUCGCUGCCUGCAUCGCAAAGCGGGGGGACAAGCUCAACCAGUUGGACAUGUACCAGUGGGAUCAGGUGCAGCAGUGGUGCCCGCCGAGACUGGGCAGCCGCGGCCCUCUCCGCCUCGGCCUUGCGCACUGCGUGCCCGCCACCGCGGUGCAGGCCGUCUCAGGCGACAGGGAGGCGUACAGCAUGGGCACCGCGUCGUGGCCUUUGUCGGCCAAGGACUGGCAGGGCGGCCGCACGGGAAGGCGGGUGAGCCUCAACGGGAUGUUAGCACGGUGA